AUGAGUGCGAAUGACUUGUCCCAGCCGACAUCGACAAAAGAAGAUGGACUCGGGCAACUUAGUCGAUCAGUAGAAAAUGCAAAGAGAAUUAAGAGUGUUCAAGACAAAUUUGUUAAUAGCCAAUCUUUAAUGAAAGAAGGUCGAGCACUUGUCGGUGAAGGAAUUCUAAUGAAAGUUUGCCGAAAAAAACCAAAACAACGAGCUUUUUUUCUAUUCAAUGAUAUACUUGUAUAUGGGCGUGUGGUUAUCAAUGGUCGUAAGUAUUCACAACAGAAAAUUAUUCCACUAAAUGAAGUUCAAAUUAGUAGUCCAAUUGAUUCGGAAGAAAAUCCAUAUUCCUGGUUAAUAUGUAGUCCAAAGAAAUCUUUCAUUGUUCAUGCUAAUUCUGAUCGAGAACGACAAGAAUGGAUAUCACAUCUUGAACGCUGUAUUCAACAUGCUUCAGGUGGUAAUAAUGCACAAAAUAAUACAGUAGCCGCACACUGGGUACCAGAUGAUAAAGCAGAUACAUGUAUGCAUUGUCGUACAACGAAAUUUUCUACAUAUAAUCGUAAACAUCAUUGUCGAAAUUGCGGUUUUAUUGUAUGUGAAGGGUGUUCGAAAAAACGUUUUCUCUUACCUCAUUUGGAUUCAAAACGAGUUCGUGUGUGUGAUACGUGUUUCAUCAAAUUAAAUAUGAAUAAUAUGAAUGAACCCCGUCAAAAUACACGUGACAGUAGUGAUAGUGAUGGUGAAGAAAAUCAUGCACAUUAUUCACCAGUACCUGCUACAUUUUACCAAAAUAUUGAAAAUUUCUAA